AUGGUACGUGAACUCAUAUUUUCAAAAACAAAACUCUUCCUUGCUGCCACUCUUGCCUUGGUCGCCUUCGUUGCGGCUGACGUCAGCCAUUUGUCGAGGACAUACUUGCCACCAACUGCCAACUACGGUGGUCCUUCUUACUCUUCAGGUGGUAGCGGCGGCGGAGCAUAUUCCUCAGGUGGUUCCGCAGGUGGCUCACACUCCUCAGGUGGGGUUGUUGGUGGCUCAUACUAUUCUGGUGGCUCAGGAGUUGGUUCUUACUCAUCAGGUGGGGGUGGCUCCUCUUAUUCUGCUCCAUCUAACGAAUACUUGCCACCUUCACAAAGCUACUCUGCUCCGUCUCCAGUAUAUUCUGCACCAGCCCCUGGGCCUGUUUCUUCAAGUCCAUCAUAUUCUUCAGGCGGAAAUGGUGGUGGUUAUUCAUACCCAAACAGCGUCUCAGUUGGUGUGUCUGGCGGUUUUUCAGAAUACUCCGCUCCAGCUCCUGGUUCAGUGCACUCUAUUCCAGUACCCGCACCAGCUGCAGUACACUCUACGCCAACACCGUCUCCAGUAUAUUUUGCACCUGUUUCUUCAAGCGGUAAUGAUGGUGGCUACUCUUACUCAAGCGGUAGUUCAGCUGGUGUCUCGGGCGGUUCUUCUAGUUACUCGGUCCCCGCUCCUGCUCCAGCCCCAGCGUACUUUACUCCCGCCUCAACUCCCGUGUAUUCUGCUCCCGCACCAGCUCCGGUUUACUCGACCCCAUCCCAAUCCUCCGGCGGUAGUGAUGGCGGUUACUCUUACUCCAGCGGUGGUUCAGCUGGUAGCUCUGCUGGUGUUAACUCUAGCGGUGGCUCUGCUGGAUACUCUGCUCCUAGCUAUUCAUCAGGUGGUUCCUCAUACUCGUCAGGUAGUUCAUCCCACUCGUCGAGCGGAUCAUCAUACUCUGGUAACAAUGUUGGUACUCAGUAUGCUUCUAACGGAGGUUACAUCUACUGA